ACGCUGCAGAUGGGGAUCUUGUUUGUGGCUCUGCUGGGCCUGAGCUCAGCGCUGGUGUGUCCUGAUGGCGGCAUGUGUGAGGACAAAAACACCUGUUGCAAGAACACCGAGGGAGGAUACGGAUGCUGUCCGCUGCCGCACGCUGAGUGUUGUUCAGACCACCUCCACUGCUGCUACGAGGGGACGGUCUGCGAUCUCGUCCACGCCAAAUGUGUCAAUAAGACAGUUUCGCUGCCCUGGAUGAGACGAGUUCCCACCAAACAGGUCCUGCUCGUCCCUCAG